CGAAGAUAGAGACACUGAGACCGAGAGUUCAGUAAAGAUCGGCUGUUUUUGUCUGCCAAACGCGAAAUUCCCGAGUUUGCGAGAGAAGAAGACCAGGGAUGAUCGGCGGCAGGUGAAGCAGUUCUUCAGGUUGUUCGAACGAGCGUGGAACGUGCGAUUCGGCCUGGACUGAAUUCUGAUUUCGAGUGCGGACAGCGUGCGGCCAGGUGCUGCGUCGGGCUUGUUUAUGUGUCCCACCUGACUGUCGACUUUGUGGUGUUUGCAAGGACUGCCAGCAUGUCCAACAGACAGGCCCAGACGUACAAAGUGGUGGUGGUCGGCGGCGGCGGCGUCGGCAAAUCGGCCAUCACCAUCCAGUUCAUACAGAGUUAUUUCGUGACUGACUACGACCCCACCAUUGAAGACUCGUACGUGAAGCAGUGCGUGAUAGACGACGUGCCCGCCAAACUAGACAUUCUGGAUACGGCCGGCCAGGAGGAGUUCUCGGCCAUGCGCGAGCAGUACAUGCGGUCCGGCGAGGGCUUCCUGCUCGUGUUCGCCGUCAACGACCGCAACAGCUUCGACGAAAUCUACAAGUUCCACCGGCAGAUCCUCAGGGUCAAAGACAGGGACGAGUUCCCCAUGCUGCUGGUCGGUAACAAGGCCGACCUGGACCGACAGAGAGUCAUUUCGCAGAGUGACGCGGCAGCGCUGUCCCGCCAGCUGAAGAUCCCAUACAUCGAGUGCAGCGCCAAGCUGCGGAUGAACGUGGACCAGUCGUUCUACGAGCUGGUGCGUCUCGUGCGCAAAUUCCAAGAGUCGGAGCGACCGCCGGUGAAGCAGACGUCGCGGCAGCGCAAGGGCCGCUGCGUCAUCGUGUAGACCGACGAGCCAGUCGGCCGUCCGUCCGUCAAAGUGCCUCUAACACAGACUAACUGAACAGUCGCCCCUCAAGUGCUACACGCUCCCCCAAAUUCUGAUCGGAAAUUGAAAGAAAAAGUGCCUCUCUCGAUUUGUGAUAGAACGUCUGCAGCAGGUGCAAUAAUAAUUAUAUUUUGUAUUCCUUUCCGCUUAUCGUGUCAAAUAUAUUAUAUUAUCAAUUUUGACGUAAACAAACUGCACUAAUCGAAACGACUCAGAGUUUCCUACUGAAAUGCCUUGAAACUGCCUUUUUUUUUGAUAAUGGACUCAGCUGCUCAUCGGCAGUGCUAACCGACUUCCGUUUUGCUGCAUUGCAAAGGUGUCCUUGCGUUUGAUUCAUUUGCAGCGCAGAUUUUUAGUCAAAUUAACUAUCAAAAGUUUUUUGUUAAGUCUAAAUUGAAAGAAAAUCUAAUAAAAACUAAAAGAUGCUCUAAAAUAAAAUAAAAA